CCUUUACCAAAGGAUUUCAGAUGAGAUUGCUAGAACAGUACCUCCUCUGGGCACUAAUGCUGCCUCACCCCAUCCUCUGUCCUGCCUCCCUCCUUCUUUUAAGUAGAAGCAGCUUGCACAGUGCCUGGCACAGUCUAGUCCAUUCCCCAGAAAGUGUCUCUAGAGCUAUAUUUAGAAUCAUAUUGAGCAGUGAUUUCCAGACUUCUUUGGGUGAGAGACCCCUUGGAAAAUAACUAGAAAGUGUGAAUUCUCUUCCCAGAAGUCUGACAGCACAGGAUUCUACUCAGGAGGCUCAUGGGCUAGAAUCCUGUCUACUGAGUGGAGGAUUCACUAACAUCUGGCAAUGUGGCGCACAGUACCUCACAAAAAAGGAGUGAUUGAGGCUGGAUUCUAAGCAGAGGACACUGGCAUAUUAUGGGAAUGUGCCUUCUGUGGGAGUUCCUGUUUUGAAUCCUGUCUUGGUUUCUCACCUGGUGCAAGGCCACGUGCUAUUGGUAUCAGACCCUUAACACGGAUCGAGCUAAGCAUUGUGAAAGCAUCUCCGUGAACCAACACCAGACAAUGGGUGAAGACACCCAGCCACAGGAGAUGGCAUCCACAAGCUCUCCAAGGGCCAGUGAACCCAUCCCUGAGGGCAAACGGAAUGGAGACUCUGAGGGGAGGGGUGGAAGCCCUCCUAAUCUGCCUGUAGAGCAUCACUUUGCAUGUAAAGAGUGUGGGGAUGCUUUUCGGCUUAAGGUCCUCCUUGUGCAGCACCAGAGAAUUCACAGUGAGGAGAAGGGCUGGGAAUGUGGCGAUUGUGGAAAGGUCUUCAAGGGGGUCUCAGAGUUCAAUGAGCACCGGAAUAGCCAUGUGCCUGCAGAGCCCCGCCCCGGCCCAAGCCGGGCCCUAGAUGAUGCCAUGGAGAAUAGGGAGAAAAUGGAGAGAGAGGAAAAGCCCUUCCAGUGUGAGGAAUGUGGUAAAAGGUUUAAGAAGAAUGCAGGCCUCAGUCAACAUCUGCGUGUCCACAGCAGAGAGAAGCCCUUUGACUGUGAGGAAUGUGGGCGGUCCUUCAAAGUGAACACCCACUUCUUUCGCCAUCAGAAGCUUCACAUUUCAGAAAAGCCCUUUGCCUGCAAGUCAUGUAGCAGGGAUUUCCUGGAUCGCCAGGAACUCCUCAAACACCAGAGAAUGCACACCGGUCAUCUGCCCUUCGACUGUGACGACUGCGGCAAGUCCUUCCGAGGGGUCAGUGGCCUGGCCGAACACCAGCGUAUCCACAGUGGGGCCAAGCCCUAUGGGUGUCCCCACUGCGGCAAGCUGUUCCGGAGGAGCUCAGAGCUCACCAAGCAUCGGCGGAUCCAUACAGGUGAGAAGCCAUAUGAGUGUGGUCAGUGUGGGAAGGCCUUCAGGCAGAGCUCCAGCCUCCUGGAGCACCAGCGCAUCCACACUGGGGAGCGUCCCUAUGCGUGUGGCGACUGCGGCAAGGCCUUCCGGGGGCCCUCCGACCUGAUUAAACACCGGCGGAUCCACAGUGGACUGAAACCAUAUGAGUGUGACAAGUGUGGGAAGGCCUUCCGAAGGAGCUCGGGCCUGAGUCGCCAUCGAAGGACCCACAGUGGAGCAAGACGCUGUGAGUGCAGUGAGUGUGGCCGCGUGUUCAAGAGGCGGUCUGCGCUGCAGAAGCAUCAGCCAACUCACCAGGAGUAGAUGAGGCCCAUAGAUCCUUUUCUGUCAGUGGGUUCCUGGUCCCCCCUCCCCAGCCUAGAGUGGGAUGGCAGAGUCAAAGGAGAUGAACAGUUUUGUAGCGCUUAUAUAUUUUAUUGUCAUAAGGGUUGAAACAAAUUUAUACUGCCACCAGCAAUUUAUAAGUGUACAUUUCCCAUUUUGCCUCUCAAGAAUGGCUUUUUCCGUUUUAAUUUAUUUCAGCUAGUUGAACUGACAUAAACUACCUUCAAGGUAUUUAAAUCUACAGGCCUUGAAUCUGAGAAUGAGACUUGAGAAACCUGGCUGUGGGGGUGGAGGAGGCCUUGUUGGUCCUCCCCUCUAAGCUUCCACCUCAAGGAAGCUGACCCAUAGAGCUAUUCAAAGAUGGCAUCAAUGUAAUGUCACCCAAACUUUCCUGAAGAAAAAAUUACCCCAAAGUCUUUUGGCCUACUUGAAUUUAUAAAUUUUUAGGGAUAUAAAUAGAAUACUCAACUGUGCUAUAAUAUUUAAUUUAUGAUUUAGUUAUACAUACAUAUAUAAACCACAUAUUAUAUAGAAUAAUAUAUUAAUAUAGAAAAUAUCCCUUCUUCCCCAUACUCCAUUUCAUAUCACUCUGUUCUCACUCCUCACAUGCAUUUCUGACCUUACCUCUUCACCAGCCUGGUAGCCCCUUUUGGGUCAUCAGUUUCAAAGGACAUCCAGUGGUUUUCCAUCCAUUCGAGCUGUGUGCCAUAUAGCACUGUGACAAUCCCUGCACAAUGCUCUCACUAGAAGUUUCCUCCCAAGCCAUAAGUACAUGUUCAUGUAACAUUGGGACAAUUUUUUUUAAUUUGCCUUGUAACUCUACAACAUAACCACUUAAGGUGUUGCUUUUUACAAUGGUAUUUAAAAGCCUUUUUGUAAGCAUCUAAAACUUGUUUUUGUGAGGUCACACUCCUAGGUUAAAUUUCUUUUGUGUCCUUUUUUCUCAAACCAAUUCUGUCUGGUGAGUCCCACACACAUCCAAAACUAGCACUGGUUGGGGUUUUUUCAGGCUAAUGGGUAUUGCCCUCAGCAGCACUAUUUUCUUCAAAAUUAAGUAGUUGAGAGAGCAUCCCCACAGUAACAGGGACAAGUCAAGGACUCAAGUAUAAGGUGAUGCCUCCCUUUCAAGGAUGAUUGCCUCUUUUCAUGGGACCUAGAUGGGUACUUCUCUAACCCUCCGUUUCCCGGCUCUGUGAAGUGGGGAUGAUCACAGGACUACCUCCUGAGGUUAUGGUGAGGACUGGGACACCACGCAUGGCACGGAGGGAUGCACAGCAAAGGCCAUCUGCUGUCAUCAUAGUUAUGGCUGUCAUUCUGUGGCUCAUUAGUACCAGAACUGGGGAUGGACCCAGGCCUCCUGACUCCUAGCCUCAUCCUCUUUCUCUCAUGCAAUGACUUAAAUAUUGUUUCCAUUUUCUUGCAUGCAAAUUGUACGUUCAUCUCCUUUGACCAGUUAUCAAGUUACCUUGGGAUAUAUCAACUUUAUACAGCAGUUCUUUCUAUAUUGAUUGUGAUGACCUCUUUUCUAAUUUACCACUUUGCUCUUUGUAGCACUUUUAUUACAUUUUUGUUAUAUAGGUUUUUUAUUUUUUAUGUAUACAAGCAUUCAUUGUUGCCUGUUAAGUUGUAAUUUUCUUUGGUUGAGUAGUUAGAUAUGAUGACAUUUUCUUCUAGAAUUUUAACUACAAGCAAAAAGUUGAAAGCACUGCCCCACCAGAAGGUGAAUGUCCCAAGUGGGCAGGAUGGAUGAGAAUGGGCUGGAGAAGCAGGCUCACUCCUCAUCCAAGAUGCAGACUCUGUGCUUGUAUGUGGGCAGUACUUGACUAUCCAACCUGGCCACUCAGGCACACAAAAGAAACUUCCAUCACAAAUUGGCCAGAACACUGACUGUUCCUCAGUAUAGCCCUAGCCAUCAGCAGCAGGGCUGGGCCUCACCUAGAUCAAUGGGGUGGUCCAAACUUGGUCUUGGCAACAACCGGCCAUCCUUUUAGCUCCUGGGAGCCUUAGCCAUGACUGAUGUGGAUUCAGCACCUGAGCAGCAGAUCCACCCAAGAGACAUCUCCUCCAACACGAGAAGACUGCCCUGACAAUUAUGUCAUGAGAAUCGCAUCCUCCUCUAAGUGAAUGACUCUGGAACAAGAAAGAGGUUGAUUUGGUGGCUUCCACUUUGGGCAAGUAGGGAAAAAUUCACCUGCAUGUCCUAACAUCAUCUCCUGCAGCCACACCUAAGAGGAGCAACAGAGCAAAGGCUCAGAGAGAAACCAUGCCCCUCUGAUGACCUGCAUGUCAUGGUGAUAGAAGCUGGCCAUACCAGGCCUGGGCUGUGACAGCAGCUGUGCUCAGGAGGGGCAAUAAAACAAGGGUUUGGGGGGCAAUAAUGCCCUUCUGAUGGCCUGUGUGGCAUAAAAAUAGAAGCUGGUCAUUCUAGGGCUAGGCUGUCACUUCUAGCAGCCUCACCCAGGAGGAACAGCAGCAAGGGCUGACCAGGAACCUGGCCCUUCCUGCAGAGCCCACAUGUAGAAGCUGGCCACAGUGGGGCUGUGGUGUGACUUCCCAGCAGCUGUGCCUGGGGUUGCGGGUGGGGGCACUAGAGGGCCUGGAGAGGAAGUGUGCCCUUCUGAUGGGCCCACCGAGACUGAGGCGAGCUUCCCAAAAGCCCUGAUCCUGGGAAGCAGGGUCCCACGAUGACUCCUAUGACCUUAGCCAGAAGGUACUCUGGAAUGGCCUUCAGGCCACACCAGUGGCUCUCUGCAGCAUCUCCAUCCUGAGCCCCAGGCUGGAGAGCUGCUGACAGCACUUGUUACAUAGCAAUUCCUUUUGUUCUGUGGGCUUCAGUUCUUGUAGUAGUCGUGAAUCUGUGUCUGGAUCACUGCUUCCUUCUCUUCAGCAGUUUUUAUCUUUUCAAGCUGUUAUGAUGUAUUUGAUACAAGUGUCAUUUGGUGAGGAAUGGUGAUGUCCACGAAGAGGGGGGAGACAAAUCUGGCACCUGUACCUGCAAGUACUCUGCCAUUUCUUGCCCAUUCAAAAGGCAUUUGUUGGGUUUCAUGAAGGAUCCAGAUGCAGUAUUAACUCAAAUAUUAGCAUCAUCAUCACUGCUCUGUUUUCUCCAGCCAGGACAUGACAUCCUGGCAUCCUGUCAUGCCCUCCUUUAAUUUUUUCCAUUCUCAAACCCUUCUCCAGAGUUAACACUAAAGACCACAUCUUUGUCGUUGCUGUGUUUGCGGGUAAAGUCUGUGCUCCCAACGCAAUCAGUCUGUGGCUUUCUCAUGUGUCCUGUAGUUGUACCAAGUUCCAUUUUUGCCUCUGGUAACUUGGGGGUAGAUUUCCUGGGAUUCUCUAGAUACACUGCUUUGUCAGAUGCAAAAUGUGACCAAGCUUUCUAUUGUAUGUGCUUGUCUAUGCAUUUGUGUAUCUACCUCAUUUCAUUUUUCUUUCUAAUCACACAGACCUUUUGCAAGGGAAACGAAGAGCAGUUGAGUUACAUAGAGUGCUGGCUGUCAUUAGAAAUAUAUCCUUUUCUUAUAUUCUGAAAGAAGCCCUCCAUUGCUUUUAUUAAAGUUUUGAAUACUUGCUGAAAUGUUCAAGAAAAAGUAAUUAUUUACCAUUUUUGCUGCUUGAGAUUAACUGUGUUGAUUACUUGUGUCAUACCAACCCUCAAAUUUACAGAAUGAGCCCCACACAAUCACAGUGGGCAUCCUUCUCAUGUGGUGUUGCAUUUUGAGUGCCCCUGGCUUGGGCCUUGUUGUGUGCUAUGUGACCCUCGACCCCCUUCUAGGCCACAAUAAUUAAACCACAACUGACCACCUGACUGAAGGGUGGCAACUGAUCAUCAGAGCUGGCUGGAGAUGACAGGCUGGGCUUUUCAGGUCCUGCAAACAAGGAAAGUAGUUUCUACUUGGUAUGGGAAGAAAAGGAGUGCAUGGUAUUUAGCAGAGUUGUGCGGCACUGGCUUAAAGAUCUGUGGGUUCCUGCUGGGUGCCCCAGAGCUGCCUUAAUCUCUGCACCCUGAGGAAGGCCUAGUCUUGUUAUGUUCUUGGAUUUCUGAGGACUGACCUCAUUGGUCCACUUGAGUCCCCACUGUAGACUUCCUCGACUUAGCCAGCUCAAGUGGGUCUCUGCUUUUUGCAAUCUGUCAGGAGUCAAUUUAUCAUGUGGCUCCUUCCUGAGAAGCAUCACGUGGCUGUCUUUCUUUGUGUUCUUCCUGGCCCAAGCCCCACCUGACUGUAAUAAACACCCAUUUAAAUGUGGUACUAUAUUCUGUUCUCUAAGAUGGGUUAAAAAAAACCCAUGCCUUCUAGUGUCAGUGAGUUGGACCAAUGCUUUUCUGUCUGGGUAUCAUUCCAGUACUGACCCAAAGUUUGCCCCAUGAAUUGAGUUAAGUUCCCCACUCACUAUGUUCUUGACUUUGGAAGUGUCUCCCUACUUCCAACAAAUCCAUCAGAUGAGGAAUUGAUAACUUCUCUAUUACUAUGUACACUUAUAUUUUGUAAUUGUUAUUGCAUCAGUUUUGAGUGUUUACUUUCAAAGUCAAAAUAGUCUCUAUAAACUUAGCCUUCAAUGGUAUUCGCAUAUUGAGAAGAGUAGCUAUGUCCUGCCCCAGUUUGGAUUUGGGUUGUUGGCACUCUUUUCUCCCUCCUCCCAAUCUCUUUCACUUGUAUGUUUUAUGGCACUUAAUUAUAAUAAGCCUUGCACUAGAGCUUCACCCUCCCUGCCCUCCUCCACCCAUUAGAUUGUGAGCUCUUAGAAGACAGGGGUGGUCCUUCAUGUAUGAUUCCCCUACCAGAUCUAGCACAGUGCCUUGCAUCAAGUAGAUUUCAAUAAAUAUAUGUUAAAUGG